AUGGCGGCGUGGCGGGCGGCGCUGGCGGCGGCGUUGCUGCUGGCGGAGCCCUGCGCCCCGGAGCCGCCGUCGGAAACCAACGGGACGUGCCAGGGCUCCAACCGCUGCCAGCCCGGUGUGCUGCUGCCCGUCUGGCAGCCCGACGACCCCUCCUUGGGCGACAAAGCGGCGCGCGCCGUCGUCUACUUCGUGGCCAUGAUGUACAUGUUCCUGGGCGUCUCCAUCAUCGCCGACCGCUUCAUGGCUUCCAUCGAGGUCAUCACCUCCAAGGAGAAGGAGAUCACCAUCACCAAGGCCAACGGCGAGACCAGCAUCGGCACGGUGCGCAUCUGGAACGAGACGGUGUCCAACCUGACGCUGAUGGCGCUGGGCUCGUCGGCGCCGGAGAUCCUGCUGUCGGUGAUCGAGGUGUGCGGCCACAACUUCCAGGCGGGCGAAUUGGGUCCCGGCACCAUCGUGGGCAGCGCCGCCUUCAACAUGUUUGUGGUCAUCGCCGUCUGCGUCUACGUCAUCCCCAGCGGGGAGAGCCGCCGCAUCAAACACCUGCGCGUCUUCUUCGUCACGGCCGCCUGGAGCAUCUUCGCCUACAUCUGGCUCUACCUCAUCCUGGCCGUCAUCUCCCCCGGCGUGGUGCAGGUGUGGGAAGCGCUGCUCACCCUCGUCUUCUUCCCGGUCUGCGUGGUCUUCGCCUGGGCUGCCGACAAGCGGCUGCUCUUCUAUAAGUACGUCUACAAGCGCUACCGCGCCGACCCGCGCAGCGGGAUCAUCAUCGGCACCGAGGCGGAGCUGCCCAAAGGCAUCGAGAUGGACGGCGGCUUCCAGCCCUCCGAGCGCCGCGAGGCCGAAGGCUCCGCCGUCGCCGGCUCCGCUUCGCCCGCCCUCCCCGCCAGCGCCGAGGAGAAGGAGCUGGACGAGAGCCGGCGGGAGGUGAUCCAGAUCCUGAAGGACCUGAAGCAGAAGCACCCGGAGCGCGAGCUGGAGCAGCUGGUGGACAUGGCCAACUACUACGCCCUGCUGCACCAGCAGAAGAGCCGCGCUUUCUACCGCAUCCAGGCCACGAGGAUGAUGACGGGCGCCGGCAACGUCCUGAAGAAGCACGUGGCCGAGUUCUCCAAGCGCUCCUCGGCGCUGCUGGAGGUGCCGUCGGACGCCGAGGAGGAGGCGUGCAGCCGCAUCUUCUUUGAACCCUGCCUCUACCACUGCCUGGAGAACUGCGGGGCCGUGACGCUGUCGGUGGCCUGCCAGCACGGCACGGAGCUCAACCACACCUUCUACGUGGACUACAAGACGGAGGACGGCUCGGCCAAGGCGGGCUCGGACUACGAGUACAGCGAGGGGACGCUGAUCUUCAAGCCGGGGGAGACGCAGAAGGAGCUGAAGAUCGGCAUCAUCGACGACGACAUCUUCGAGGAGGACGAGCACUUCUUUGUGCGGCUGCUCAACCUGCGCGUGGGCGACGCCGAAGGGAUGUUCGAGGCCGACUCGGCCGAGCAUCCCAAGGGCCGCCUGGUGGCGCCGCUGGUGGCCACCGUCACCAUCCUGGACGACGACCACGCCGGCAUCUUCUCCUUCCAGGAGCGCGUGGUGCACGUCAGCGAGUGCCAGGGCGCCGUGGAGGUGACGGUGGUGCGAAGCUCCGGCGCCCGCGGGACGGUGAUGCUGCCGUACCGCACCGUGGAGGGCACCGCCAGGGGAGGGGGAGUCGACUACGAGGAUGCGUGCGGGGAAUUGGAGUUCCGCAACGAUGAGACGGCGAAGACGCUGCAGGUGAAGAUUGUGGACGAUGAGGAGUACGAGAAGAGGGACAACUUCUUCAUCGAGCUGGGGCCGCCGCGCUGGCUGAAACGCGGCAUCUCGGCCCUUCUGCUGAACCAAGCCGAGGAGGACCGCGUGCUGUCGGCGGAGGAGGAGGAGGCGCGGCGCAUUGCCGAGAUGGGGAAACCCAUCCUGGGGGAGAACUGCCGCCUGGAGGUCGUCAUCGAGGAGAGCUACGACCUGCAGAACACGGUGGACAAACUGAUCAAGAAGACCAACCUGGCCACCGUCAUCGGGACGCACUCCUGGAGGGAGCAGUUCCUGGAGGCCAUCACCGUCAGCGCCGGCGAGGAGGAGGAGGAGGAGGACGGGCGGGAGGAGCGCCUGCCGUCGUGCUUCGACUACGUGAUGCACUUCCUGACCGUCUUCUGGAAGGUUCUGUUCGCCUGCGUGCCCCCCACCGAGUACUGCAACGGCUGGGCGUGUUUUGGGGUCUCCAUUCUGCUCAUCGGGGUCCUCACGGCGCUCAUCGGGGAUUUGGCUGCACACUUUGGCUGCACCGUCGGCCUCAAAGAUUCCGUCAACGCCGUCGUCUUCGUGGCGCUCGGCACCUCCAUCCCUGGUGUGUGGGGCUGGGGGCUGGGGGGGCUUUGGGGGCUAUGGGGGCUAUGGGGGCUAUGGGGGCUAUGGGGG